AUGGAGAAUACAGAGAAUCAAAGAUUGUUGGAUAUCCUUUCAAGCAUUCUAUCCCUGACACAGAGCAAUGACGACAGUGAAACUUCCAUCAGGGAGGAUUUUAAUAUUAUUUUUAAUAAUUCACCAUUCUCCAAUACGGAACCUAUUGAUAACAUUAACAAACUAGACUCUUAUAUAGAAGAAUAUAUGGUAACUUUAUUUAUUACGUAUAAUACAAAUAAUAAUUUCAUAUUCUCUAAUACUGAUAAAUGGAUUGAUUUACUUCAUUUACAUUUAACAACAACGACUAACGACUACAUUAUUGCAUUACAAAUUAUCCUUUACCUUACAAAUGUCUCUUUUAUUAAUAGACAAGCAUUAGCAUACCAACAAAGCAUUAAAACAGCAUUAUUUAAACUCUUAGCUCUAACAUCAGAGUUUAGAGAACAAAACAUCAAACAUUCACGAACAAUACAGUUUCAACUAACUGAAUUAUACGCUAGAAUAUUAUCAAUUAAUUGUCGGCCAAGAGAAAUCGUGGAUAUAUACGACAAAAUUCUACCGUUUAAUCAGCAUCAGUUAAUAAGUACACUUGGGAACCAUAUAUCGGAUCCUUUAUUACAAAAUUAUCUACAAUUUGAAAACUCGAGCUUAUCAUUGAAUGCAAUAGAUACACAACAUGAUAACACGAUAACUUUACAAUUGUAUAUCGAAUUUAACAAUGUGACUUCGAAUAGAUUUCUAUCUCUAGGCGAUAAAAUGUUCUUCGAAAUUAAUCAAGGUAGAUUUACUGUCUCAAACUUUGAUGGAGUAAUUGAAAGUAUAUGUGAUUACGAGUUUGAAAUAGAGAAGGAAUACCUUUUAAUCAUAGAAAUUAGUAAUGAGAAAGUUAUUUUUUACACAGAAGGAUAUUACAUUAACAGUAUAGUAUUAUUAGGCGAAACCCCCCUAAAAAAUUGUUUAAUGGAAUUAACUAUUGGUUCAAUGAUUUCCUCUUUUAAAUUAUUCAAGUUAUAUGCUUGGAAUGUUGAACUGCCAAUAGAAGUGAUUAAGAUGAUAUAUUUAUUAGGACCACUAUACCAAAACUCGUUUAUGAUACCGUAUGAUUAUAAUGGUAUUAGCUCAAGUGUCGAUUCAAGUCUCUUUAGGGAGGUGUACCAAAAUUCUGAAGUUGCUACAUACUCUUCUUACGACGGUUUCUUAGACAUAUUGAAAAUAUGGGAUACAAAAUCUCUUCUCAUAGAUCUGGAUAUAGAAAAUUUAAUUGGAAAAUAUCACACUGAUGGUUUCAUUUGCCAAUUUAACGAUGAUUCGAGUACUGUGUUAGGAAAAUGUUAUUAUUUUCAUAAUUCAAAUAUCGCUUCAAUAUUUCAUUCUGUUAAUUUUAUUGAACUUACCAUUCAUGCUAUCGAAUCUAGUGAAAAUUGGGAUGAUAUAUACAAUAGAACUGAGGAGUUGAUAAUAUUACUGAGGGAGCCAACAUUAUUAAAUUGGUUCGUAACUGAACAUGGGUUCUCCAUUUUAAGCCAUACAUUGAAGUUAUGUGUUAAAAAAUUCCAGCAAGGUCUCUCCAUUCAAUUUAUGGAUCUUUUUUUGAAUAAUUUUUGCACAAAUUAUGAAUCACUACAAGACUUAUUAAUAAAAAAUGAAUUUGCAUAUGAGACACUAAUAUUAAAUUUUGAAUUAUGGUAUUUUAAGUCGGAUGACGAAACAAUAAAAAAUACAGAACUUGAGUUGUUAAGAUUUGUAUUCUUCCAUAUAAAUCUAUUAAUUACAUCGUCAAAAUAUUCUGUUCAUAACAUGAAUAUCCUGUUGAAAUAUAAAAUUGUAUCUAGACUGCUCUCUUUCGUGCACAACAAUUCAACUUUAGAACUCUCUUUGCUUCAUAGUGAUAUCAAUUCAAUGAUCAGUCCUCUAUUAUAUUAUGGAAUUUCCCAUUCUACCCUGAAAAUGGUGCUGAACUUUUCAUUUCUGGAAUUAGAAAAUAGAAACCCCAGUAAUAGUAUUUUAUGUCUAGAUUUCAUAGAUAGUGUCUUGGAAUAUUCAUUAGCAGAUUCAAAUGCAGGUUAUCUAGCAUUGGUUCAUCAACUUGUUCAUCCAAGAACUCUCUUGCUAUUGAUGAGUGAACUAGUGAAACUUGGCUUGAGUCCAUUACGCCCUUUACAGAUAUUGGCAAGAUUAUUUUCUUCUAAUAGAGCUUUGUUUGUGAGUUUUAUAAAAUCCAAUGGGAUCUUCCUCUUAUUGCGUAUCUUCACAAUUUCACCAGAACAAGAAUAUUUAGGUAUUGUUCAUUCUUUGUUUUUAUCCUCUCUUGGAAUGAAUAAUAAUCCUUCUACAGACGAAAUACUACAUGACUACUUCCUACUACCUAAAAAUAUCAAUAUCAUUUCCCCAGAAUUUCUACUGUUAAGUCUUACUUUCUUAGAUUGGGUUGUAUUUAACAAUACCAAACUAAAGAACUUUACUGAAUUAGACAAUUUCACUGAAAAAUAUUGUUCACAACUUAUUGAUAAUAAUCUGUGUUCGAUUCAACAUCCAUUUAACAAUAAUGUUGUACAUCCUCAAGUAAUCAAAAUGUUGACACUUUUGUUGCAACUUCAUAUUUCGUUUGAAUGCUCAAAAAAUAAAGAUUAUUGCUUUAGGUCAGUGUUGGUAACACGAAACAUUAUAGCACUAUCGAUAUAUGACACAAUACAUGUGGCACCUAACUCGGAAUUUGAAGAUUUAUUAACAAAAGUAAUGUUUCCUCUAAAAAGCACUCUUUUGGAUGAAGAAGAGUUGGCACAUGAUAGUUACUUAGAUCUUUCUUUUUUCUACAGUAUUCUUCCAGCAAUCUUUGAUAAACUACUGGAAAGUAAUAUUAUUAAAACUGGAAAAUUACUGGUACAUUCUAACGUUGUCACUUUACUGAGUAUUUUUUUGAAUUAUUUUAUGACAAUUAAGGUUAAAGUCUCUUUCCUUUUAGAUUUCUUCGAUAUUUUAGUACAGUGUGUUCAGCAUAAACCAAAAAUAAGUAUUUUCCAUUUCCACAAUACUAAAGACGAGUCAGAUAUCGAUCACCUAUUUUCUAAAUUUUCUUACUUAAUAGUUUAUCUCCAGCUUACCAAGCAGUUGAAGUGGAAUGAGAAAGAAGUGAAUAGAUUUUGUGAUAUUUUAGAAAGAAAUUGUUCAAUAAUAUUUUCCAAGAAGCGUAAUAUCGGGAACCACACUCUAACUGCAAUGUAUUACAUAUUUCUACAAUGCCAAUUAAAUGAACAUCCUUCUAUGCCUGUCGUAUGCCACACAUUAAGAUCUAUUUUAAAAUUUAAGGAAAGUGAUGUUAGCCAUAUCAUUAGUGUUUUAGAUCCACUUCAUAAAAAUGAAAUAAGAAAUUCCUUUAAUGUAUUUUUAGAGUCAAGAGGAGAUGAGGGGUUGGCGCAUAUUUUGUCUCUUGAUGAAUUUUUACUAAACGACUCCAAAAUAACCCAAUUUUCAAACAUAUGUAAAUCAGAAGCCUCCAUAUUGUCUAAACGACUCUCCUAUGACGGCGAUAAGCUGUCAAACAAAGUUUAUUGUAAUAAAGUGAAAGACCAGAAAUCUUUACAGAAAAAUGUUACCACACUAUACGAUGACUUCAACGAAAAGAAUAAAGCUCUAACGAAAAGAUUUAUUUUUUCAGGUAAUAAAGCAAUGAUCGAUUUAUUGUCAGACACAGACGAAGCAUCAAACUAUUAUACUAACAUACUAUAUAGGAUUAAGAUCAAUUUUUUACAUGUACAUAAGGUUCGAAAUAGCAGUGACCCACAGAUUCUGUGGAGAUUAGAUGGUGUGGAAAAUAUCAAUAGAGCACGUAGGAAAUUAUUACCAGCUCAUGCCUACAAUAAUAACGAAACUUUAUUAAUAUCUAGUGCAAUUACUGGUAGGGAUCACAUAGGGGACUUUGACGAAGAAAACUUAACAAACGAAACAAUUGGAAAAGAUAUUGUUGAUGAUACUUAUGAAAGUGGACUUGAUAACUUAAAUCUCAGAAAUGAAAAUAAAAAAAUAUUAAAAAUAUUAAAGGAUUCCGAUGUUAUAAAAGCUAUAUGGAAUACGAGUUUAGUGGUUGGCCUUGACCUCAGAGAAGGGAUAUUAAUUCUAGGGAACAAAUAUUUGUACUUUGUCAGCAAUUACUUUUUUUCUAAAACAGAAGGUAACAUAAUGAAAAUUGGGGACGUACCUAAAACUUACAGAGAUGUUGAUAUUGGCCUAAUCAUUAAUCACUUUGAGUCCCCUCAGGUGGAAUCAAAUAAACCUAUUGAAGUUAAUAGUUGGAGAUUGGAACGACUGGCUUUCGUUACUAAAAGACCCUUUUUACUUAGAGAUGUCGCUUUGGAGAUAUUAUUUGAUAAUAACACAACCUUAUUUUUCAGCUUUAAGGAUAGUUCCAUAAGAGAAAAAGUCUACCACCCAUUAUCCAAGGUUUGUAAGCCUUAUUUUUUGGAUCCAUUAUAUGCUGAUGUCUUGGAAGAAUUAAAUGACCGGAGUAACAUGAUUGGAACCCAGAACGGUAUUUCGAAGACAAGUUUGACUACAAAAUUUGUUAACGUUAUUACACCCACUAUAAAAAAUAAAAAUAUGUUCGAAGUAACUGAUUUAUGGAGGAGAGGUAAAAUUUCUAAUUUUUAUUACUUGAUGGUCAUAAAUACUUUAGCUGGGAGGUCAUUUAACGAUCUUACUCAAUAUCCAGUGUUUCCAUGGGUUAUUUCAGAUUAUACUAGUGAAACUCUUGACCUCACGAAUGAAGAUACAUUUAGAGAUUUAUCAAAACCAAUGGGUGCUCAAGGCGAUAAGAGAAGAACAGGAUUCGUUGAAAGAUAUAAUGCCCUGAGGGCGGUUGACGAUCCCCUAGCUCCGCCAUUCCACUACGGUACACAUUAUUCGUCUGCUAUGAUUGUUUCUUCAUAUCUAAUUAGACUGAAACCAUUCACAGAGUCAUUUAUUUUGUUACAAGAUGGCACAUUUGGACACCCUGAUCGUCUUUUUAAUUCAAUUGAGAGGACGUGGAGAUCAGCUGCUCUCGAAAAUACGACAGAUGUGAGAGAACUUAUACCUGAAUUUUUCUUUCUUCCGGAGUUUCUUCUUAAUAUUAAUGAUUAUGACUUUGGAACGAAUCAAAAAGGUGAGAAGGUAGGUAAUGUUAUAUUGCCUCCGUGGGCCAAUGGAGAUCCAAAAAUAUUUAUUGCAAAAAACAGAUGUGCACUAGAGAGCCCCUAUGUUUCGAAGCACCUUCAUGAAUGGAUUGAUUUGGUCUUUGGUUAUAAACAAAAGGGUAAAUUGGCAGAAGAGAAUGUUAAUGUCUUUAAUAAGAUGAGUUAUCCUGGUGCAAUCAAUUUAGAAAAAAUUGAUGAUGAAAAUGAAAGACGUGCUGUCGCUGGUAUGAUUCAUAAUUUUGGACAAACACCUUUACAAAUAUUUCAGGAUGCACAUCCUGAAAUGUUAACUUUACAGUCCAAUACCUUUGAUUUUAGUUAUCUACAAGAACUUACCGCCAUUCCGUCAAUUGAAAAUAACGUUGAACUUUUAGACCCUACAGCAUACUUGGUUUAUCUUAAUGAUAUGAAAUUCCACGUUAAUUCAUUCACGAAAUUUUUUGUUAGUGGUAAAUAUCCAGCUUAUUUUGUUGAAAGAAUAGGUAGCGAAUCAGUUUUAAUUGAUGGUAUUAAAUAUAGAAAUAUACAUUUAAGUGAAUUGACAGUAUGUAUACCUUGGAAAGAUGGAAUGUUCAUCACUGGCGAUGUUAAUGGGCUGAUUAAAGUGUGGACAAUUGACGGUAAAGGGAUUUCUGAUCUUAAAUUAACUCACAAGACUACACUACAUGGUCAUCUUCAUAGUAUACUGUCCAUUGAGAUAUAUUCUGAAUAUUAUACUAUUGUUACUUUGGAUUCUCAUGGAAAUGUGUAUACAUGGGAUAUGAUAUCAUAUGAAUUGAUUCGUUGCGUUCAUAGAGAUACCAAAUUAAUGGCCGUCUCAUCACUUCACGGUACAAUGUUGAUAUUAUCUAAUGAUAAUAAACUAUUAAUGUACAACGUCAAUACAUUGAACUAUACCAACAUAACGGUCCCAGAGGAAUCUAAAAUAACAAGUUUCCGAUUUUUAGAGUUUAAGACGCACGAUCCGUAUGCUGGACAUAUGUAUCUGGAUCAAUUAGAAGUGAUUUGCGUAGGGUAUAACGAUGGAACAAUAAGAAUAUUUCAACUGAUCAUUAACCGGCGUAAUGUAUGGGAGUUAAUAUUAUUAAGGAUAUUAACAGUUAACAAGAAGGUGCCUAUAACUACCAUAAAGGCAGUGACGGACGUUACAUAUAGAAAACCUAAGGAUGAUACCUUGGGGCUUUUUGCACCAACUCUUACUGGUUUAAAACUAGCAUGCGGUACAGCCAACGGUGAAUUGCUAAUUUGGAAAUAA